AUGAAAACUACCGUAACCUACUUUACUGACUGUCAUCGAGUUUGCUGUUUUUUUCACCAAACAAGUCUGAAAAUAAAAAUUGUUGACAGUGAAAACUUGACUGAAAAGGUACGCGUAUCGCAAUAA